GUUUCGAACUAGGGUUUCCCUUUAUUGCUAAACAAACUUCACUAAUCUAGUUCGCUGCGCAGUUUUGAACUCGCGAUCUAUCUCUCUCAUAAAAUCAUAUUUAUUCACCGCAAAGUUCCCUGAACUUCUUCAAUUCGCCGGAAAAAUUCAAAUGUCACCGGCGACGCCGUUUCAAGUCGCUUCGCUCGUAACUCCGCCGUCGUUUCCAAACGCCGUCGUUUGGUCCGACGACAACUUGAUCGCCGUUGCUACUGGCGACAUUGUUACUAUUCUGAAUCCAGAAAAUCCUCAAAGUCCUCGAGGUGUGAUCACUCUUACUCCGGGGAAGCCUUUUCCUGUUGGUGUCAUUGAUAAAACAGAUUUAUUCUCUGGUUGCUUACUGCCUACUCGUUUAUCUCGAGAUCGCCAGCCUUGUGUUCGAUCUCUUUCAUGGUCACCUGUUGGAUUCACUCCUCACAAUGGAUGCUUGCUUGCUGUUUGCUCUGCUGAAGGGAGUGUUAAAGUAUACCGCCAACCUUAUUGCGAGUUCCAAGCUGAAUGGGUAGAGGUACUGGACAUCUCAGAGAUGCUGCAUGUAUAUUUAUCUAAGAUCAACUAUGACGAGCCUGAAGCUCCCUCCGGUGUGUUUGAUGAUUCAUGUGGUCAAAGAACCAACGAUUAUACUGCUGCUGGUAAAAUAAACUCCACUUCAAGGAAACAAUAUAAAAGAAAAAGAGAUUUGGACCUCGACUAUCCAGGAGACAUUGAUGCAACAAAUGCUGACUCUCUUAGUGGUAUGGUGAAAGCUGUGGCAGAGUCAGUAGUUUUCAGUUCAACUAUGCAAGAGGGUUCAUCAGUGGAGGUCUUCAAGAUGGAUGGUGGACAUAAUGUCUGGGUUGCUGGUAGGUUACAGCGGUUAGAAGGUCCAAUGGCUCUUGUCCACUUUCAUGAAAUAGAUUCAAAUGGAGAACCGCAGUGGCUAAAGAUGGAUUCUGUAAGCAAUGUGCACAACAAACUGAACAAUUCCGGUGUGCCUGCAACUGAUAGGGAGUACAAUUUUCCAAAUAUUCGUCCUUCUAUGGAUGUGGGCCGUCUGCCUGAACAGAUAUUGUUUCCAAAGUGUAGUGAAGUAGGUGAAAUUCUAGAAGUUGGGCAACUAGUUGAAGCUUGGAGUAGAGAUAGAUGGCUCGAAGGAGUUUUUGCGGGUUUUACUAAUGGGGGUCCACUGGUCAAAUUCAGUGGAGAUGCAGAGGCUGUGGUAUUAAAUUCUAGUCAUGUUAGGUUAGCACCAUUGUGGAUUGCAGAACAAAAAUCAUGGAAAGUUACUUUUGUCCGGCUACAUGAGCAGGAAUCGCCAGAGGUAGUCAUGAAGAUACCUGAAAAUGUGAACCAUUCUUCUCAAAUGGGUCUUUCAGACGAAGACAGAAUGACUUUUUCCAAGAGGACUCUAAAAAACUGCACCAAAAAUUUAUUGACUGCUCGUCAAUAUGCUUCACGCUCUUCUAUGCUGGCAUCAUUAGUUGUUGCAUGGUCUUCACAGCUACAGAUGUCUGCAAAGGAUCCUGAGAAUUUUUAUGAUUGCUAUUGUCUACUAGCUGUAGGAACAAAGUCUGGAAGUAUUUCAAUUUGGAAGAUCCAUAGAUCAGCAUGCUACUCUGUGGAGCAUUGUGAUGAUCCAGUAAACACGACUUUUACGGGAGUCAUUCAGGCUCAUGAUGCAUGGGUGACUGCACUGAGCUGGGGCUUUCUUGCCUCUGAUUCAAGUCCGCAGGUUUUAUUGGCUUCUGGUUGUUGUGAUGGCAGUGUAAGGAUCUGGUCUGCAUAUAUCUGUGAUCUCAAGAAGUUGACUGAUGCUGAGCAGAAUCCCUUCUUUCUAUUGAAUGAGGUUUCGGCUGGCGAUAAUAUUCUUGUGUCAGCACUUUCUCUAUAUGUUCCAGCUCAAUCUCCACGGAAAAUUCUGUUAGCUGUGGGAAAAGGAUCUGGAUCUUUUCAAUUAUGGACAUGUAAUAUAAAGGUCAAGAGCGCAAACAAAGUUGGAUCAUAUGAUGCUCAUGUCCAAGCUGUCACAGGUUUAGCCUGGGCAUUUGACGGACGCUGUUUAUAUAGUUGCAGCCAGGAUAAUUCGUUGCAUGGAUGGAUAUAUCAUAAGGGCUCUGUGUCUGAAGUGUCUGUUCCAUCGAACAGUCUUGGAACAAGAAGUUUUUCUGAUCUUCCUUCCGUGUCAGACUCAUGUUAUGGGGUGGCAAUUUCACCUGGAAAUUUGGCACUUGCUGUGGCACGCAGAUUUGAUGCUGGACAGUUAGAUAAUAUGUACCAGAAAAGGACUCAGAGGGCGGCGGUUGAGUUCUUCUGGAUCGGAGGUCAGCAAGUGAACUUUCCAUCAUCUUUGAGCUUAGAGCGUGAUGUCGAAGGGUGCUCUGGUUUUACCAAGGAAGAGCUAGGAUAUUGGGGAUCCAAGCUAUUGUGGGGUCUAAAGCAGUACGAGUGCCCCAACAAACAUCUGGUUCUUUGGGAUAUUGUUGCUGCUUUGUCAGCUUUCAAGCCAUGUGCCCCUAGGUUUAUCAAGCACAUAAUACUGCAGUGGCUGAAGCUGUUACUUGAGGAUAUUUUGGAUCCACCUAUUAAAGAGAUCUUGCCGGACAUGCAAAAAUAUAUGUCAAACAUCAGUUCUCGGCAGUUGCACCUGCUCAAUAUUUUCUGUAGACGUGUUAUAGCAUCCUCUGGAUAUGAGUCUGUUAAAGCUUUUGCUAAACCAGCUAAGUUAGUGGAGUUAUAUGGGGAAGACGAGCAACAGUGGAUGGCCAUGAUGCUAAAUUGUGAGAAAGAACUCAGGGAGAGGCUUUUGGGUUUGAGUCUAUCUACUGUUCUUCGUCGUAUAUCUGGGUCGGCCACGAAAACAGAGUUUGGGUUGUGGAAUCCUGUUGGAAUUUCUCUGAUGGUCAAGUGGGUCAUUCAAAAUCAAGAUCAUGUGAGCCAUCAAUUAAGGCUUCUUGUAUCUGAAAUUGAAGGGAUAGGUGCAAGGCUGCAGAACGUGAGCGAUUACAGUGCAGAAGAAGAGCUGUGUAGCAUAUGUUCAGCGAGCGUUCCUUUUGAGUCUCCAGAAAUCGCAUCCUGCAAAGGUAGUGAGCAGGAAGCUAUUCAGAAGCAUAAACUCACUCGUUGUGCCGUGUCUAUGAAGGUUUGUCCCCUUACCACUUUAUGGUUUUGCAUGUGCUGUCGAAGACAUGCUUCUAAAUUGCCACCGCACCAGUUAUUCACAAUGAAUAAAUAUCCUUCGGAUUUUCCGUCAUUUAUCAAACCAGUGAUAAAUAACCUGUUACCUUGUCCCUUGUGUCCCUUCUGUGGGAUAUCUCUACAAAGACUACAGCCAGACUUUCUACUAUCUUUAUCACCUGUAUAGCCUAAUUUGUUAUCAAUAACUAGUCUGUAUAAUGUGCCUACAAUACAAGUAAUGAUAGCAUUUCUUGUCACAAGUGGUUUCUGUUGUUUCUGGUAGUGUAUACUAGUGAUGACAAUUUGUAUGAAUUAUGACAAAUAAGAUGAGUAGUUUCACCAGGUAGUGUCCAAUUGUAAUUUGGCUCUGAGGAAAUGCCAUUUGUGUAUAUCAUUGAUAAUUGUUCAUGGGUAUCUUUCAAGUUGA